AUGUGCUCCUCGCUCGCAAUGAACUUCUCUGUGGAUCACAUAUCUACGAGGCCGCACGUGUGGGUCGUCGAUGGGGCAGUUUCCGAACGUUUCCUCGAUUUCGUCGACAACCAGCUGGCUUCCAGCGAGGGCACCGUGACUAGCGAGCUUCGCAAUGGCAAGUCCAUCACGUCCAGGAGUGUUGAGUUCGGCGUCGACGACGUCUCACGGCAACUUUUCGAGACUGUCGCAGGCUUCUGGGGCUUGCCGCCAGAGCAGUCCAUCGAAUCCUUUGUGGUGUCUGACAUUUGUGGCGAAGGCCAAACCCCGCAUGUGGACCACAUCAACCUCGAUGACCUGCCUGGGUACAAGCUGGAUUUCCUGGACUUGACUCGUCAGAGUACUUCCCCCAUAAAUCCGAGGAGGGUCGUGCCUACCAUAUCUGUUGUCGUCUACUUCAACUCGGUUGGUGGUCUUCAGUUUCCGCAUUCGGCAGACGAGCUUGGAACCAUUGCGGCCAAACGUGGCAGGAUUGUCAUGUUUCAGAACUACGUUGACACAGACCGUCCGUACCACGACUCGAUGGCUGCGCACUGCGGUAUCUACUUGGACAGCUUGCCAAAGAGAAUCCUCGUCAUGGGCAUCUUGGCCAACGACACGCCAAGCUUUUCACCAGGAAGGCCUGAGUCGAUCUGCCCGAAGCCCGGUCUGAUCUACUGCCCUGGAACUGCACAAGAUCCACUCCGCCACGACGCCCCAUCUUACGACUAUAUGAGAACACGCGACGAGAUGAUUGAAAUCGAGGCGGCAAGAGAACGCGAAGCUGCAGCGAAGAUGAAGCCGCCAACUCCUCCGAGAGCGAAGCGGAAGGAUGACUUCAUCGUUUUCCUCGAGAUCAAGAUGGCCAAGCCCAAGGAAGCAAUCGUGAGCAUCAUGUGCAGGAGCUUGGCUGGGACAGACCUUUGCUCCUUGGAAGCCGGCGCCGAUUCAAACGUGGGAGCGCUCCGAAGGCAAGUCGAGCGAAAGCUCGAUCCGGAGGACAAGACAAACGUGGUCUUGUGCAUUCGCACUGAAACCUUCGGAAAGGCUCAAGAUGACGUGAAGCUCUCCGAGCUGCUGCCAGUUUCCAUCGAUGAGGUCAAGAUGGCUUUUGCCAAGGCCGAUUCCAACAAGGACGGCUUCCUCGACAAAGCAGAGGCGAAAGCGAUGUUGAAGCAACUCGCGGACGCGAUACCGUCGAUCAUGAGCAAUGAUGAGAUCGAGCAAUUGUUUGAUGCGGUCGAUACCGAUGCAGACGGUCGACUCAACUUACCGGAGUUCAUUGAUUGGUGCUUCGGUGUUCAAAUGAUCGGGGAGAGUGAGAAGAACUCACUGAAGGAGGAUUUGAAGCGAGCCUGA